AUGGGGCGCUACGCAGAUGUGACAAAGUAUCUCAACGAAUUUCUGCGUCACCACCUGCCUGACCGCAGCUGGACGAGCAUCUUCGUGAACUUCACUGGUCCCACAGCAGUGCAUCGAGACCAACACAAUGUGAAGGGCUCUGAGAAUCACCUGGUUUGUGUUGGACCGUGCGAAGAGGGUGGCCUGUGGAUCGAACAAGACAAGCAGUGCGUCGACGCCUUCGAUCUGGAAAGGUUCAUCCAACAAGACAUCGAUCUCGACACAGCAGAUUUUCGCCUACGCCAGCUUGGGUUCCCCACCGAUAUCCGCAACAGCGUGAAGAUGAUGAUCCAGGAGAACUCCGUCAUGGCAGUAGAGCACGAGGUGGUCAAGGUUCACAAGGCUGCAGGACAUCCUUCAAGCAGAAACCUGGCACGCAUUGUCAAAGAUGCUGGACAUCUACCAUGGAAAGUGAAGGCCACGCUGGACUACCGCUGUCCCACAUGUGACAGUUUGAAGAAAGGCGGUUAUUCUGCAGGCCAAGUGCCCUGGGCGGCUACACACGCGCUCUAUCGCGCCUGGGAAGCUGUGGUGGUCGACUCUGGCGAAUGGUUGGUGCCCGGUCGCAAACGCAAGUACAAGUUCCUCUUGUUCAUGGAUGUGGCUACAAAACUGCGUGUGAUCCAGCCCUUGUUCGGCUACGACUUCCUGGAGAUGAAGGCGGAGAACGCAGAGCAUCUGAUCAAAGGACUGGCGGAAAGGUGGCUUGGCACGUACCCCAAGCCCAAGUUCUUGCUGAUGGAUUCGGCCAAAAGCUUCAUCUCCGAGAAGGCCCAUGACUUUGCGUCGACGAUCAACGUGAUCUUACACUUCACUGCCGAAAAGGAACCUUGGGCCAACGGAGUGAUUGAAGCAGCCACGCAAGACGUCAAGCAUACAGCCACUGCGAUUCAGAUGGAGAACCUCGAUCAAGACCCUGAGGUGACUCUUUAUCUCACUGUGGCAGCCCUUAACAGCACUGAGUAUGUGGCUGGCUUUACUUCAUUCCAGUGGGCCUUCGGUCAAAGCUAUCACCUGGACGAUGAGGACGUUCGUACAUUUGCGGUGUUACCUGAAGGUCACGGCUACGACUUUGGCAGAUUGGUGACCGCAAGACAACAAGCUGAGGAAGUGGCUCGCUCAACACGUGCCAAGAGAGCGCUAUCCAAGCUCUCCAACACUGUGGUUCGACAACCCCUUCGUGAGUAUUCACCUAUGGACCUGGUGAAAGUGUGGCGAAAGGUUUGGCCAAUGGAGCUACGUCGUGGCAAUCGUGGCGGCUUCAAGAAGUCCGGCAGACCACACUGGAUCGGUCCUGGUCGUGUCAUCUUUUCAGAAAUUUUACCACACCAGGUGGAAGGCGACGGUCGACGUCACAUUCUGUGGGUCCUAGUGGGCUCUCAUCUAUUACGCUGCUCUGCCCACAGCGUUCGCCCAGUUUCGGAAACCGAGCGGUUUGUCUAUGAGACCAGUGGUGUGGAGAAACCGAGUAUGUGGAAGACCCUGGCGGACAUCUUGCCCAAGAGAGAGUACGUGGACAUUACCGACCGGAACCUCAGGAUGAUGAGUUUGAACUUCCUCAAGUACCACCUCGACCGGACGAGACGACGAUUGCCCCAAGCUUUCGAUUGCGAACCAAAACAACGUUUCGUCCUGGUGAGCAUGCAGAAAGACCAGUUCGUGAUCGUCUACAAACAGAAACCGUGA